AUAAAACACUUAAAAAAUCCUAAUUAAAAAGAGAUACUUCAUUUUAUAAAUCAAUUCCGAACGGUCCCUUGACAGUAUCUGUCACUGUCACAAUGACAUUGACAUGACUUCUUCCAGUUAUUUUAUUCGCAAAAGGCGUUGAGCGGUGUACCCUGCGCCUCUUUAUCUUUAAUAAAUGAGCUAUAAUAUAGUUUAAGUGCAAGAAAUGCUUACAAAAUUGUUAAUUGUGAGUGUGGUUUUAUAUGGAUUACUCAACUGUAGAGUUCAGAGCAGUUUUUUCGCUGAAAAUGGGACUAAAAGGAAUUUUGUUUACAAUGUGUACGAAUAUGAUACCCUCAUCAACAUCACAGUGAACUCAACGACCGAACAAAUCUUGGACUUCAAUGAGACAUCAGAUAAAUGGCGCCAUCUACCGACACGCGUGCACGUGUCUACCACCGAUGCCGUCGACGGCGAUCAUCCAGUGUUCGUCACCGCCACACAACAGAAAGGAGUAUCGUCAUGGGAGCUCCCUCUAGUGGUACAAACUAGUAACUGGCGAUGGCGAACUAAUGACAUGGCGCGCACGCUCUGUCCACAUGACGCCGGGCCUAACGUGACGACGGUGAAUCGGCCAACGAUACAAAUAACCACGUCUAACCCCACCGACGUACCCGUCGCCAUUAAACUGCGGCGGGUCAGCGACUUCUUCAUAGAGGUGGAUAAGGAAGUGUAUUUGAACGUCACGCCGAGCUCUCCAAAGUAUUACUACUUCUCGUUCGACAGCGACCCGCCGCCCAAUAAUACAAGAACGACAGAUCUCCAGCUGCCCUCACUCAGGUUUAAUUACACGAUUCCAAAGAGUGUGAUUCUGAUCGCGGAGUCUGAUGAUGACAUCUGCGCUGUCAUCUCCAUACAGAACAACUCUUGUCCAGUGUUUGACAAUGAGCAAGAUGUCAACUACCAGGGCUACCAUCUUACCAUGAUGAAUAAAGGGGGGAUUACACUUACCCAAUCGAUGUUCCCAGUGGGUUUCUACGUGGUGUUCAUAGUGAAACAGGGCGAUGAGGACUGCACGGGAGCGAGCGAGACGUUAAAGGAAUACAAUAUGGGAGCUGAGAGAGUUAAGAAUUUCAGGUUCCGUAUAAUAGCCACCAUCUCAUACGCGGAAUAUGUGGUGGCUGCCCUCGUCGUGUUAGCAGUCCUCAUGCUGCUUCUGGCGCUAACUGCACUUAUCUCCUGCUUCACCACCAAAUGUACAGAGCAAGUGGUCAUAAUAGACGAAGAACCAGCGCCAUCUACCUCUCGAGGGCCUAAUGACGAAACGCCACUAUUUGCAGAUAAAAUACCAAGAUCGGACUCAUUUUCUUCGGACGGCUCGGAGCCCAGAGAACUAGUGCUAGCGCUGCCCCUCACGGUCGCGGGGCUCAACCGCCGCCACACAUACGCACGCCGCUCUGACCGAUAUUUCUGGAGCGCCCUGACAGUAGCCGUGGUGUAUGCACUGCCAGUUGUACAACUACUAUUUAUGUACCAACGGAUGGUCUUCCAAACCGGCAACCAAGACCUGUGCUACUACAACUUCUUCUGUGCGCACCCGCUGGGCCCCCUCGCGGACUUCAACCACGUCUACUCCAACAUCGGCUACGUUCUGCUAGGCGUAGCCUUCAUGGCUCAGGUCAGGAUACGACAGGUGGCGCAGAGGAAAAAACAGGAUGCGGCAUUGGGCAUCCCUCCCCACCACGGGAUCUUCUAUUCCAUGGGGCUGGCUCUCAGCAUGGAGGGCAUACUCUCUGCCUGCUACCACUUGUGCCCCAACAAGAUGAACUUCCAAUUUGAUUCGUCGUUCAUGUACGUGAUAGCGGUACUGUGCAUGAUCAAGCUGUACCAGAACCGUCAUCCGGACGUCAACGCGAACGCGCACUCGACGUUUAUGCUGUUGGCUGUUGUUAUGACAAUUGGUCUAUUCGGGAUCAUGUACCCGAGCGUAUAUUUCUGGGUGUUCUUCACGAUCCUCCACCUCACCACCUGCUUCAUGUUGACCAUGAAGAUAUACUACGUCGGUCAAUUUAAAUUCGAGCGAGCAGUGUUCGGGCGAGCUAUAGAUGCCCUCAAGUCUCGGGAAGGCAGUAUAAUCACAUUUCUACGACCAUCUUAUGGUGCUCGUGCUAUUCUUCUCGCCGUCGCUAAUGUUGCAAACUGGGCGCUGGCCGCUUAUGGCAUGUACGAACACAACAAGGACUUGGCGCGCCAUCUACUGGCCAUCCUCAUGGGCAACACCGUGCUCUACCUCCUGGGUUACGUCAUUAUGAAACUUGUCAAUAAAGAAAAGGUGCCGGUGCGGGCGUGGAUAUUCUGCGCUCUGGCGCAUCUCUGCUGGAUCGUGGCCAUAUACUUGUUCCUCGACGGACACACGCGGUGGGCGGACACGCCGGCGCAGUCCCGGCGCCGCAACGCCGUGUGCUCGUCGCUGCAGGUCUUCGACAGCCACGAUCUCUGGCACGCGGCGUCCGCGGCCGCCCUGUACCUGUCCUUCAACAUGUUGCUGACUAUAGAUGACCCGUUAGCUGACACCCCUAGGGAACUCAUACCCGUGUUUUAAUCGAGGUUUAUUCAAAUAGUGAUGACAACAUUUGAUACACGAUAACUUGAGUAUUCCUCAUCAGAUGUUCAUGGAAUUUGGCAGGAACGUAGCUCAAAUAAAUACUAUUUUUUAAGUUCAAAUUUGAAGUAAAUAGACCUGGUGGUUAGAGAGAGAAAAAUUAUGUAUGUGACUAUGUGUCGCGACGUGAGUUCAAGGUGAACUACUACAAUGUUUGACAGCCACGAUCUUUAGCACGCGGCGUCCGCGACGACCGUUUCCUUGGUCUUCAAUAUGUUGUUACCUAUAGAUGACCCAUUAGCUGACACCCCUAGGGAACUCAUACCUGUAUUUUAAUCGAGGUUUUAUCAACUAGGAGUGACAAAGUUUGUUACACGAUAUCUUGAGUAUUUUUCGCCCGGUAAUCAUGAAAUUUGGCAGGAAAGUAGUUCGGAUAAAUACUAUUUUUAAGUUCGAAUUAUAAGAGUCACGGUCCUAUAGUAAUUACUUACAAAAAAAUCAAUUACUUGAUCAUUCAGUCAGUUGUCAUUUCGAUUCAUAUUUCUCUUUCUUCAUUUAAGAGCAUGGCUCUUGUCGGUGGAGUAGACGCCAGUUUUCGCCCUCGGCCAAGUUCUUUAGGUCCCUGUAAAACACGACAUUUGCUUUUCCUUUUAGUUUCUGCGUAUAACUUGCUCGUGGUUUUCCUCUUCCUCUUCUACCUUCGAUCUUACCUUCCAAAGAUGAGAAGCAUAUUUAUGACCCGGUAAAGAUUUUUUCACCUCAGCAGCUCGAACAAGCCUACUUUCGUUAAUUCGGGGAGUGACGAAAGUGCGACUUUCCUCAGUCCAGGGAGUGAGACAAGCUUUCGUCAUAAUGAUGAUGCCUUUCAUUCAUGAAUGUAAAUAAAUGUGGUUAACUUUACUUGAUGUUGAAUUUAACCUAUAAUAUGUUCUCACUGCUGAGGUGAAAAGUUGUAUGUGUCACACGAGAGCAAAGUUAUUUUACAUCUCGCAAGAAAACCAACUUUGCUCUCUUGUUGCACAAAUAACUAUUUUUAGUUUAUCGAUUUUUUUGUGACUCGCCGGCCAAACUAUGGUGCCAUUAGGCCCGAUGAUGGACAAAGUAUGAUCUAUAGUAUUUUUAGGUGCUUAAAUUAAUUGUUGCUCAUAGUCAUAGUUUUUGUAUUAUAUCAGUUUUUAUGUAGUUUUUUAGCCUUAAGACAUCUAAGUGAUCGAUCAACUUAAACCUGGACUCCUGUAGUAGCCAAUGUGAAAACCAAAAAAUGUAAGUAUGAAAUCAAAUCUGACUGAAGGUAAAUAAUGAACGUAAGCUCGCAUCUCAAUAUCGUUUCAGUGCUGAAAUACGAGGUUUCUAAGAUUUGACAGAUUUUUUUUUUAGUUCGAUGUAAGGAAUUGACAGAUACGAAAGAAAAUCUUAUGUUAUAAAUAUAAGAUCGUUUCAAGUUGUAAGAUUGUGUUUUAAGUAGUUGCAAAAAAUAAAUAAUUAUUGAUUGUAAUGUAAUGACGAUGAGACGUAAAGUCUAAGAAACUCGUGCCUUCUAGUUUGACAGAUGAAAAAUCUGACACGGUACUGUCAAUCUUGACAACCUAAUCUACCGUAUAAUGAAACUCAUAUAUCGUCGGGUGACAAGCAAAACUCACUAAUUACUAAAAAAAUAAUUAAACAAAUAUCAACCUUAAAUUAGUAUUACUAUGGUUCAUUAUGGCUAUCAACUUAUGGUGGUAAUAAUUAAAUAAAUUAGUGAGUUUUGCUUGUCACCUGACGAUAUAUAAUAUUCCUAAAGAUGGAGUCUAAGCCAGCUGUCACCGUAGCCUCACACACACACACACACAUUUUUAUGUACAAUUAACAAUAAGGAACCAGAUGCUGUGGCCAUGUCGAUAAAGUCAUAUCGAUAAACUAUCGGCAUUUUUGCAAUAAUUUUACCUAAAAGGAUUAACUACCUAAAAUGAACAGAUAACCAUUAUAACACAACUUUAUAUGUUCUUAUGAACCAGUAAGAUAUUGUGAGAUCGAUAUUACAAUAAUCAACGGCGAAAAUCCAUGGUACACCGGCGAAAA